GACCGCCUUCACUUGGCAGCUCGGCUGUGCGGGUUGGACGCCCGAGGGCGGCGGUCUUUAGCUGCUCCGGGAGGGGCCGCUCUGUGAGCCUCUGGGGUCGGCCUCCGGGUGUGGAGAAUCUGGAGUCCGGUCUCUCCAGAGGUUCGCUCCCACACAAGUGUGCGCGAGGGCGUGGUCUAUAGAAACGCAGGUGAGAACAGGAUGGAGAGUUCUGAAUUCACUCCAAAGCAGACCAUUUCUAAAGGAUCAGAGUCAUCUGAUAGGUCACCAGGGGGACUCUUUGGGGUGACUUCUAUGGGACCAGAAGUUGAAGAUGUCUGUGAAGAUACUUUGAGGAAGCUGGAAGGGCAGCCCUCAGAUGAAGAGGGGAACAGUUUGGAAAUCAAUUUUUUGGAGAUAACAGAUGAGGAUAAGAACUCCACAAAAGACAGAUGUGAGGAUUAUAAGGAAGUAGGGGAACAUCCAAAUCUGUCCCCAAGUCCUGAGGAAUAUCAAGGAGUCCCAAAGGGACAGAAAUUCUUUCAGUGUGAUGAAUGUGGCAAAGUGUUCAAUUGGAGUUCACACCUCAUUGGUCACCAGAGAAUCCACACUGGAGAGAAACCCUAUGAGUGUAAUGAGUGUGGUAAGACCUUCAGGCAGACCUCCCAGCUAAUCGUUCACCUCAGAACUCACACUGGGGAAAAACCCUAUGAAUGCAGUGAGUGUGGGAAGACGUAUCGACACAGCUCCCAUCUCAUUCAACACCAGAGACUUCAUAAUGGGGAGAAACCUUAUAAAUGUAAUGAAUGUGCAAAAGCUUUUAAUCAGAGUUCCAAACUAUUUGAUCACCAGAGAACCCAUACUGGGGAGAAACCUUAUGAAUGCAAGGAAUGUGGGGCAGCUUUUAGUCGGAGUAAAAAUCUUGUCCGACAUCAGGUUCUUCACACUGGUAAGAAACCUUACAAGUGUACUGAGUGUGGGAAAGCUUUCUGUUCCAAUAGAAGUCUUAUUGACCAUCAGAGGAUCCACACUGGAGAGAAGCCUUAUGAAUGUAAUGAAUGUGGCAAGGCCUUUAGUCGGAGUAAAUGUCUUAUUCGACAUCAGAGCCUCCACACUGGGGAGAAACCAUACAAAUGCAGUGAAUGUGGGAAAGCCUUCAGUCAGAUUUGUCAGCUUGUUGACCAUGAACGAAUUCAUACUGGAGAAAAGCCCUUUGAAUGUAGUGAGUGUGGUAAGGCUUUCAGUCUGAGUAAGUGCCUUAUUCGGCACCAGAGGCUUCACACAGGUGAAAAACCCUAUAAAUGCAAUGAGUGUGGAAAAUCCUUCAAUCAAAAUUCAUACCUCAUUAUACACCAGAGAAUCCACACUGGUGAGAAGCCCUAUGAAUGUCAUGAGUGUGGGAAGGUGUUCAGUUACAGCUCUAGCCUUAUGGUACAUCAGAGAACCCAUACUGGGGAAAAGCCCUACAAAUGCAAUGAUUGUGGGAAAGCCUUUAGUGACAGUUCACAGCUUAUUGUGCACCAGAGAGUUCACACUGGAGAGAAACCUUAUGAAUGUAUUGAGUGUGGGAAAGCUUUUAGUCAGCAUUCCACUUUUAAUCACCACCAGCGAACUCACACUGGUGAGAAACCCUCAGGUCUGCCUCACUCAGCAUCAUAAGGCAUGGUUUUCUGAGACAGAGAACAAGGGACUUUGCAUGAAGGUUUCUUUAAGAAGGAUGUUCACCCUGAUCUCCUGUUAGAACCAUUAAGCAAAGCAGACCAUUGUCUAUUGUUUUCCAGUUGGUCACUAAGGUGGAAGAAACUUAGUGUGAUUCUUCCCUACAUUAGGAAAGAAAGGUCUAGGCAUUUAAUUUACUUAUAGAUUGGCUUUUUUCUUCCUUCCUUUUUCCUAUUUUAAAAUUUAUCUCAUUUGUUAAUAUGUAUCUCAUAAUCAAAUUGUGUGUCAACAGGAAUGUUUAUGUCUUCUGUGUUUUAUUACAGCUACUCAAUUUCACUACAUAAAGUCAUUCCACGAUAUUGUUCCACAGAGCAUUUUUAUGGUCAUUUAUAAGUCAUUCUAUCAGUUUGUUCUUUCCUAGUCCUUGCUAUGGCCCUCCACAUCCAUGUUUUAUAUUAUAAUAUAUAUUCACUCAUCUCUUGUGUUUUCUUCCUAUUUGGUAAUCUGGUUUCCUUGUAUUUAUUGUUCAAAGUCCAUCUCAUCUCUGAAAGACUUUUUUCUUCAAAUGCUUCUGGAUUUCUUUUAAACUUAUGAUUAGAUCACAAUUCUUUUAAAUUAACUGAUGCUGCAAUGUACAACUGUUGUUAAGUUACCUUACAAAUUGCUCUCAAAAUAUAUGAGUAUACUCCUUACCAACUUUUCAGGUUUUUGAGAUUGGGUGUGGUAUCUAUUGGUUUUUGCAAAAACAUACUAUGUUGAGCACUAGUUCUUAAAAACAUUUUAAAACCCAACUCCCAAAUCUAACCUUCUUUAAUGUGGGUGCAGUCUCUCCCUUCCUUACAUAUACUGGACUGAGAUUUUUAAAAAUGGAAGUGCUCAUGCAUGAGGCCCUGAGUAUACUCCCCAGAAUACAAUAACAAAAAAGUAUCCAUUUCAGAAUCUAA